GAGAGAGACAUAAGGUAGGCAAGGGGUGUGGGUGUGUGUGAGAGAGAUUUGCUUUUAUUCCUUUACAGGUGCAUCAAGAUGGUUAAAAACAAUGCUUUGGUUUAAGAUGCCUAACAUCAGACAGCUGCCCCAGAGGGAGAGGAAGACGAGGAAGUGGACCCCGGAGGCCAUGGGAGAGGCCAUCCAGGAGGUGAAAGCAGGCAGGCUGAGUCUGGGGCAGGCAGCCAAACAGUUUGGGGUCCCAAAAACGAGCCUGAGUGACCGAGUCAGUGGAAGGGUGGCCUCUGACUGUGUGCACGGUCAGAGGCCACUUCUCACCCCUGCAGAUGAAGAUUCCCUGGUGGAGUACUGCCUUUACUCUGCCAGUCAUGGGUUUCCACUGACAAAGCCUCAGGUUCAGUCUUUUGCGACAGCAAUUUACAAUCAGCGCUGUCCAGAAGAGAGAAGGGGGAAGUUGGGCCAGACGUGGUGGCUCAACUUCCGCAGGAGGCAAGGCCAGCGCUUCACUUCUCGGACCCCAGACAAUAUUGACCGUGGAAGGGCAUCCUGUGCCAAGAGGGGGCCGAUUGAAGAAUACUUCAGGCUCCUCACUACCACCUUGGAGGAGCACGGGUUGAGGGAGAAACCCCGUCAAGUCUAUAACUGCGAUGAGACGGGGUUUCAGCUGGACUCGUCGAGACGAAAGGUCCUCGUGCCCCGGGGGACAAAACAUGCUUACAGGCAGGCCCAGGGGACCAGGGACCACGUCACCGUCCUGGCCUGCCUCAACGCGGCUGGGGAGGAUAUCCCCCCUUUCAUAAUUUACAAGGGGGGAUAUCCCGGGGGGCCCUAUAACAAGGAGGGGGUCCCCGACGCCCUCUACGGGAAGUCACCGGCAGGGUACAUGGACAGUGAGCUGUUCAGGAAGUGGUUUGUCGGGCAUUUCCUGAAGUUCGCCGCGCAGGAGCGCCCGCUGCUGCUUGUUUUUGAUGGGCACAAAUCCCACCUGGAUCCAGAGCUGGUCCGGGUGGCACAGAGGGAGGAGGUCAUUCUCCUGUGCCUACCACCACACACAUCUCACAUCCUGCAGCCUCUGGAUAUGAGUUUCUUUGGACCCUUGAAGGCAGAUUUCUCUGGAAUUACAGGAGAUCUGUCGGUCAUGAGCCACUCCUUCUUGGUUUCCAAGAAGGAGUUUUCAAGGGUCCUUAGGGACUCAUAUCAGAGGGUGAAGGAUCGGGGAGUGGUGGUGGCUGGGUUCAGGAAGUGUGGCCUCUACCCUCUGGACCCUGAAGCCAUUGAUUGGUCACGGGUUAUGCCAUCCGGACCGCGGCGUGGGACCUCCUCGCCACCUCCGCCAACCCCAUCAGCAUCUUCCUGGGCCAUGCCUGAUGUUACCCCCCCAUCCCAACACCCCCCCCCACACCAGAGUCCACCCCCUGUCUCUUGUCCACCCCCUGUCUCUUGUCCACCCCCUGUCUCUUGUCCACCCCCUGUCUCUUGUCCACCUCCUGUCCCUUGUCCACCCAAUCCCUACUCUACCCAUCCCCUGGUAACAUCAGGCAGGAUCUCAGUAGACCUGGCCCACCUCCUGCUCGAGGUGCGUUCUCCCUCCCAAUCCUGCAGACAGACAGCUGAGCCAUUGUCCAGCUCCUCCCAGCCGUCUGCUGGACCCACGGCAUCCACUGGUCACACCAAUUUGGAAGAAUUGUGUGGCCAGUGCAGGGAACCUGACCCUCCGGGCGCCUGCUCGGAGGGAUUGGUGCCGUGGGUCCAGUGCAACAAAUGCACAAAAUGGUUUCACACCAUUUGUGUCGGCUGGGAGGAGCUGGACAAAGAUGAAUUUUGGUGUUUUUGGUGUCUGAAUUUGUUUGAUAAGUUUGUUAUUUAGUUUGUUUUUAAUUUGAUUAUCUGUUGUCUAUUUGUUUGUAUAUAUUGUAAAUAUUGUAUCUUUUGUAAAUAUUGUAUAUAUUGU